AUGAUGAGGAUUCCUAGUCUUCUUCUUGUUCUAAUUCUUCUAUCAUCACUUGGUUGUCAAGUCAUGGGUGACUCCAAAGCCAACCCCCUUGAUGCAAUUCUCCAGGAAUAUGCCUACAAGGCUUUGGUCAAACCAAUAACAGGUACCAUUUACAAUGCAACUACUCAACUCCCUUCCAAUUUCACUGGUCUUACUCUUUCCGCUUUGAGAUUAAGGAGUGGUAGUCUCAGGAGAUACGGUGUUCCAAACUACAAUGAGUUUCAAAUUCCCAAAGGAUUCAUUGAAACACCAUAUGUGAAAAGGCUCGUUUUGGUGUAUCAAAAUUUGGGUAAUUGGUCCAUAAAAUACUAUCCUUUGCUUCCUAAUUAUACUUAUCUUGCUCCACUCUUAGGACUUGUUGCUUAUAAUGGUUCUGAUUUAUCAGCUACAAAUUUAUCAUAUCAUAAUCUAAAUGGUGGUGCUGACCCCAUAAUUGUAAGGUUUCAUGAUGUCAAAUCUCAUCCUCCUGGUAUUCUACCAAAAUGUGUGUGCUUUGAUUUAUUCGGUUCAUCUCAUUUUUCGAAUGUAACCGGAGGAAACACAUGCUCUACUUUCCAACAGGGUCAUUUCUCCAUAGUGGUCCAAUCCACUCCUCCUCCUCCUGCUAUUUCUUCAUUGCCAAUUCCUCCUAAGGAGAGCAAGUCGAGUAACAAAAAAGUAGGGAUUAUUGUAGGCUCUGUACUUGCGGGUGGACUUGUCUUGGUAGCAUUGUCAUCUUUACUGGUUUUAUGGGUGCUGAACUGCAAGCAGACAAAGAAAAUACAAGAGAUGGAAAGAGCUGGUGAUUUGGGAGAAGUCCUUCAUAUGACCUCUGUAGGGAAUACAAAAGCACCCGCUGCUUCACUUACUCGAACACUACCCACAAUUGAACAUGAAUAUGCACCUUGA